AUGCAGAUAAUGGAUGCAGCGGCUUUAGUGGCAGCCUCGCUAACGAGGCAGGAGCAGCAGGAAAUCAAAAGACGACAGCUUGCAGAAGCUGCUGAGAAGAGGCAGAUGGAGGCUUCCUCUCGUGGUAUUAAGAAUGCUUAUUCUGUAGAGCAAAAGAAAAAGAAGCAGGAAGAAAUAGAAAAAAGAAUGGCAGCUUCAGGUUCCGGAGGAGAAGGAGGACUGAGAAUGUGA